UAUCUUUUUUUUUUUUUUUUAAAAAAAAACUUUUUAUAUGCAAUAUGCUACUUUAUUGCUGUUCUUUGGCAAGAUCUUAGUCCACUUACUAGUCAAAUUUUACAGAGCUCUUGUGAAGAACUCUAUUCGGUUAAAGUUUGCUGCUUUUAGUAAUAUUGCGGCUGCACGAGCUUUGGAUGAUUUAUCUGUUGAAAAAGGAAAUGCUGCGGACUCAGUUGAUCUUCCUGCCGUUUAUUCUAAGACCUAUAUAGAGCUUGUAAAUGAAUGUUAUAGUAUGAACAUUGGGUCCUUAAUCCAUACCAGAAAGAUUCAAGGAAAGAUCUUUAAGUUGGGUUUCGGUCAAGACCACGACUUCCAGUGUUGGCUCCUUGAUGUUUAUGUUGCUUGUGGAGAUCUAUUUUCUGCUUUGCAGACGUUUGAUGAUUUUCCCUCUAAAAACCUGUCCUCUUGGAAUACAUUGAUAGCUGGUUUUCUUGAAAAAUUGAACAAUCAAGUUUUUAGACUCCUUUCGCGUUUGGUUGCAGAUAAUGUUAUGCCGGAUGAAUGGACAUUGGCUAGUGUUUUGAGGGCCUGCGGUGCUGGCAAAGUCACUUUUCAAUACGUUGAACACAUACAUGCUAAGGUCAUCCAAUACGGUUUUGGUGCAGCUACAGUCGUUUGUAACCCUCUUAUUGACUUGUACUCGAAGAAUGGGUUCAUCAAUUCUGCUAAGCAAAUCUUCCAGAAUAUGUUCUUAAGGGACAGUGUAUCUUGGGUUGCCAUGAUAUCUGGUUUCUCUAACAAUGGGCGUGAAGAAGACAGUAUCAUCCUCUAUAAUGAGAUGCGCAUAUCAGGAAUCAACCCUACUCCAUAUAUUUUCUCAUGUGUUAUAAGUGCAUGCUCCAAGAUAGAGUUUUAUGCUGGAUUGCAGCUUCAUGCUCUUGUCUAUAAGUGGGGAUUUGCAUCAGAGGUUUAUGUGUGUAAUGCUCUCGUCACCUUAUAUUCUCGCUUCGGUCACCCGAUGUCUGCUGAACAAAUUUUCAGCAAAAUGCAGCAGAUGGAUAGGGUCUCGUAUAAUUCACUUAUAUCAGGACUUGUUCAACAAGGAAAUAAUGAGAGGUCAGUUGAGUUAUUCAAGAAAAUGCAGAUUGACUCCUUGAAGCCUGACUGUGUUACAAUUUCAAGCCUUUUGAGCGCUUGCGCAUAUGGAGCUCUUCUGAAGGGAAGACAACUGCACUCUUAUGCGCUUAAGGCUGGAAUGUGUUCAGAUAUCAUCAUUGAAGGUUCUCUGCUUGACCUUUAUGUCAAAUGUUCUGAUGUUGAAUCAGCUCAUAGAUUCUUCCUCACAACACAGAAAGAUAAUGUGGUUCUCUGGAAUGUGAUGCUAGUGGCUUAUGGUCUCAGAGGUGAUCUGAACGAGUCCGUUAGGAUUUUUGAACAGAUGCAGAGUCGAGGCCUGCAGCCUAAUCAAUAUACCUACCCAAGUAUCUUGAGAACCUGUACUCUGGUAGGAGCUCUUGACUUAGGGGAGCAAAUUCACAGUCAAGUCAUCAAAACUGGACUUUACCAAAAUGCUUAUGUCUGCAGUGUGCUUAUUGAUAUGUAUACAAAACAUGGAAAUCUGGCUACUGGGCUGAAAAUUCUCAGGCGUCUCACAGAGGAAGAUAUUGUCUCUUGGACAGCAAUGAUUGCUGGAUACACUCAGCAUGAUCUUUUCUUGGAAGCCCUCAAACUUUUCAUAGAAAUGCAAGACUUGGGCAUUCAAUCAGAUAAUAUAGGAUUUGCAAGUGCUCUUACUGCAUGUGCUGGACUUCAAGCAAUCAAUCAAGGACGACAAAUUCAUGCACAAUCAAUCACCUCUGGCUAUUCCUUGGACCCGUCAAUUAGCAAUGCACUAAUAAGCCUUUAUGCUAGAUGCGGCAAAGUACAGGAUGCGUACUUGGCAUUUGACAAAAAUAAAAAUAAGGAUAACAUCUCAUGGAAUGCAUUGAUAUCAGGCUUUUCACAAAGCAGGCACUGGGAGGAAGCUCUAUACACGUUCUCUAAGAUGAAUCUAGCUGGAGUAGAAUCCAAUAUGUUCACUUAUGGGUCUGUGGUCAGUGCAGCUGCUAAUACAACAAACUUAAAACAAGGGAAGCAUCAUGCCAAAAUCAUAAAAACUGGGUAUAUUGCUGAGAUAGAAGCUUCAAAUGUGUUGAUCACAUUAUAUGCGAAGACCGGGAGCCUUGAUGAUGCCAAAAGAGAGUUUCUUGAAAUGCCUCAGAAAAAUGAAGUUUCCUGGAAUGCCAUGAUCACGGCCUAUUCUCAACAUGGAUGUGCCGCCGAAGCAAUUGAACAGUUUGAGGAAAUGAAACAACUGGAUGUGAGGCCAAAUAACGUUACUUUUAUCGGAGUUUUAUCAGCCUGUAGCCAUGUGGGUUUGGUGGAUGAGGGGCUCAGCUAUUUCAAGUCCAUGAGAGAAAAACAUGAUCUGGUGCCAAAAUCAGAACAUUAUGCUUGUAUUGUAGAUAUUUUAGGACGGGCAGGUCAUUUGUCCCGUGCAAUAGAAUUUGUGGAGACUAUGCCAAUUGAACCAGAUGCAAUGGUCUGGAGAACACUCUUAAGUGCUUGCACAGUUCACAAGAACAUGGAAAUUGGAGAAUUGGCGGCUAAACAUCUUUUGAGAUUAGAGCCAAAUGACUCUGCUACCUACGUUCUUCUAUCCAAUAUGUAUGCGGUUUCCGGGAAAUGGGUUUAUCGCAAUCAUGCAAGGAAGCUGAUGAAAGACAGAGGUGUAAAGAAAGAGCCUGGUCGUAGCUGGAUUGAAGUUAAAAACUCGUUCCAUGCCUUUUUCGUCGGUGAUCAGCUCCAUCCUCUUGCAGAUCAGAUCUACGCGUUUCUUGAGGAUUUAAAUGUUAGGGUUGCUGCAAUGGGUUACAUACAGGACCGAUAUAGCAUUUGGAAUGUGGAGCUUGGUCAAAAAGACCCAACUGCAUUGAUCCACAGCGAAAAGUUGGCUAUUGCCUUUGGACUGCUGAGCUUGUCUGAUUCAAUUCCAUUACGAGUGAUGAAAAACCUUCGGGUCUGUAAUGAUUGCCAUAAUUGGAUUAAGUAUGUUUCAAAGGUAGAAAAUCGGACUAUUGUUGUAAGGGAUACAUACCGGUUCCAUCAUUUUAAGGAUGUUUGUUCAUGCAAAGAUUACUGGUAGCUUGAUAUAUUAGAAAGUUGUGAACAC